AUGGGCAUCCCAGGUAUGGUACAAUUGACUCAUGUUCCAGCCAGUCAGCUACUCUCACGACUUCGACCAGCGAAAAAAAAGCAGUCACCAGCACCUCGUCCACAGAUUCGUCAGCAGAUUCCAGAUCUCGAGGAAUUUCUCAUCAAAAAGGACUACACGGCAGCGAUCUCGUUGUUAGAGUUCAAGCAGAAGAAUGGAGAGAAAAACGAAACAACAGAUCUCUGGCUUGGACACUGUUUCUUUAGAUCUGGCGAUUACAGGAAGGCGUUAGAAGUGUAUGAAGAUAUGAAAAAGCAGGGCAUCGAGAACCCAGAUCUCCCUGUGUAUCUAGGAAUAUGCUUCUUUUAUUUGGGUAUGUACGAGGAUGCAAAACUCGCUGCUGAGAAAGCUGAGCGAUCUCCUCUGCAAAAUAGACUGCUCUUCCACGUAUCUCAUAAGCUCGGUGAAGAAAAACGGCUAAUGCAACACCAUCAACUUCUCGGUAAUGUAAUGGAAGAUCAGUUGUCGCUGGCUUCUAUUCACUACAUGCGCAUGCACUACAUGGAAGCAAUCGAGAUCUACAAGACGAUCCUGCAAGAACACACUAAUAUGAUUGCCCUCAAUGUCUACAUGGCAAUGUGCUACUACAAAAUGGAUUACUUCGAUGUGGCUCAGGAAGUACUAAGUGUAUAUCUUCGAUCAUAUGCGGACAGUCCGGCAGCUCUUAACCUCAAGGCCUGUAUCACUUUCAAAAUCUACAACGGGAAAGCGGCAUUGCCAGAAGUCGAGCAACUGCAGCGAGUCAACCUGUAUCCGGCUGCUCGCGAGAUCCUUCGACACAAUCAAGUUGUUUUCCGCGAUGGUGACGGAGCCCUCCAGGUGUUUCCUGGUUUGAUGGACACGUUACCUGAAGCAAGAGUUAACCUAAUCCUCUACCAUUUGAAAAGAGAAGACAUAGAUAGCGCCAUGACAUUGUGUAACGACCUGGAACCGCAGUCGACUACAGAGUUCCUUGUGAAAGCCAUCGUCUUCGCUUUCUGGGGUCAACUGAAGGAGUCAAAAGACCACUUGAAGACAGCUGAACAAUUCUUCAAAAUGGUAGGAGAGUCCCCAUAUGAUACAGAUACAAUUCCUGGGCGGCAAAGUAUGGCUUGUUCAUUGUUCCUAAGUGGUAAAUAUGAGGAUGCCCUAGUCUAUCUCAACUCGAUUCAGGCCUACCACCACAAUGACGAUGUGUUUUCGUUCAAUAUCGCACAGACAGAAAUGCAAUGCGGCAUGUGGAAAGAGGCAGAAGAGCACUUCUUAGCGAUUACGGGACCUGAUCGUGACAAGCCUGUGUUCAAGUACAUGCUGACCAAGACUUUAAUAAUGAAUCACAAACCUCAACUGGCCUGGGACAUAUACACGCGAUCAACUGAUCCGAAGGAGUCGUUCAACAUCCUCCGUAUUAUUGCAAUGGAUUGUUACUCGAUGGGUGAGUUCUACUUUGCGGCCAAGGCAUUCGAUGGACUCGAAAAAAUCGACCCUUCCCCGGAGAACUGGCAGGGAAAACGAGGAGCCACCAGUGGAUUGUUCAAGAUGUUGGUUCAGGGAAAGGCUACGAAUGAGCAAAUGUCGGAAGUACUGCAUCUGCUCGAUCGUGGCAAUCAUCCACAAGCGGAUUUUGUGUCAUCUACAAUCCGACGAUGGGCUAAAAAUCAUGAAAUCGCACUGGAGUGA